UCGCCCCGCCCCCUCGGCCCGCGCGUGCGCGCUGUUCCCUCGCUGCCCUGAGGCGAGAGAUGGCGGCGGCGGCGCUGCUGGCGCGCGGCGGCGCGGUGCCCCGGGCGCUGGCGCUGGGCGGCCCGCGGCGGCUGCACGCGGUGUUCCAGGCGGCGGAGCUGCCCGAGACGCACCGCAUGCUGCGCCAGACCUGCCGCGACUUCGCCGAGAGGGAGCUGGCGCCGGCGGCCGCGCAGCUGGACAAGGAGCACCGCUUCCCGGCCGCGCAGGUGAAGAAGAUGGGUGGCCUCGGGCUGCUGGCCAUGGACGUGCCGGAGCAGUACAACGGAGCAGGCCUCGACUGCCUGGCCUAUUCCAUUGCCGUGGAGGAGAUCAGCAGGGGCUGCGCGUCCACGGGCGUCAUUAUGAGCGUCAAUAACUCUCUGUACUUAGGGCCAAUACUCAAGUUUGGUUCUGAAGAGCAGAAGCAGAAGUGGAUCGCUCCCUUCACCAGCGGGGAUAAAAUCGGGUGCUUUGCCCUUAGCGAACCAGGAAACGGCAGCGACGCGGGAGCUGCUUCCACUGUGGCCCGCCUGGAUGGUGACGAGUGGGUUCUGAACGGCACCAAAGCCUGGAUCACCAACGCCUGGGACGCGUCGGCCACCGUGGUGUUUGCCACUACUGAUAAAUCCCUGAAACACAAGGGCAUUAGUGCAUUCCUGGUUCCUAUGCCAACCGCUGGCCUUUCCCUGGGGAAGAAGGAGGACAAGCUGGGGAUCCGAGCGUCUUCCACUGCCAACCUGAUAUUCGAGGACUGUCGGAUACCCAAGGGCAACCUGCUGGGGCAGCCGGGCAUGGGCUUCAAAAUCGCCAUGCAAGCCCUGGAUGCGGGAAGGAUUGGUAUCGCCUCACAGGCGCUAGGAAUAGCCCAGGCAGCGCUGGAUUGCGCUGUGGAUUAUGCUGAAAAGCGAAUGGCCUUUGGGUCACCUAUCACAAAGCUACAGGCGGUUCAGUUUAAGCUCGCAGAUAUGGCUGUGGCGUUGGAGGGUGCGCGCUUGCUGACCUGGAGAGCGGCUAUGCUGAAAGACAACGGGAAGCCCUUCACAAAGGAAGCGGCCAUGGCCAAGCUGGCUGCAUCAGAAGCUGCAACAGCCAUUUCUCAUCAGGCCAUUCAGAUCUUGGGCGGGAUGGGCUACGUGACGGAGAUGCCAGCAGAACGGCACUACCGCGACGCUCGUAUCACUGAGAUCUAUGAAGGGACCAGCGAGAUUCAAAGACUGGUGAUAGCAGGUCAACUGCUGAAGGCCUAUCGUAGCUGAAGGCUCCAGCCAGAGCAGGACGCUGCCCCAAAGUGCCUCGUAACCACGCACACCAGCGAUCCCGUCUUGGCCCUCGUGAAAGAGGGUAACAAUGGACGCUUUCCUCACCCCUGAGUACUGACCCUCUUGUUAAAAUGUGCUCGUUCUUCUUUGGACAAAGUAUGGUGCUUGGACGUCCCUAGCUAGGUCUGUGAAGGGGAGGGAGGCGGCACCCCCGGUGGUAGGAGGGGUGCGGGCCUUUUCCUAAGGGGGAGAGCUGGUUUGGGGCUGGUAGAGGCACGGUGACUUUGCUGUCCCAUGAAGUCAGCCGCUCUCCUCGUACAUGACCCGGAGGUUUCUUGUUUUGCACAGAUUUGUCCCUAACUGGGAUGCCAUAACCCGUGCCGGUACUGAGAUGCAGCUCAUGUGCGCUGUCCCCAGCUGUGUGUUACACUACCUCUUCUGCUCAGAGUUUCAUGAAUUUCAGUUAUGGGAUGCUGCUGUCCACAAGCUCUUUAUUGGCUAUGGGCUGCGCCGAGACCAUCUUUGCUCACGACACACGGUGAGGCAGUGCACGGUGCCCUCGGUUUCAGCAGGAGCUAGGACGUGGGGCACUGCCUCCACCCCAAAGGCGCUCCUGCAGGCUGCAGUUGCUAUGUCAGUGUAAAAACAAAGAUCAUUAAAAAAAAUAGCCUAUUUCAGCCACCACAGACCAGCAACUUGGAUUCAGCUGUAAAAGCAUAGGCCAGAGAAAAGCUACAAUGGCAGAGACAGAGGUAAAAAAUAAAGGGCAGGAAAAAACCCACCUAUGGAGGCCAGGAAGUUGUCCUCAAAGCAGCUGCUGUGCAAACCAACAGCUAUCUAACAGGAACGACAGUAACAGCCUUGAAUCUCUGCUUGUUUUGGGCAACAACUAGGAAAUGAGCAGAUGACACAGAAAGCCUUACCAGGAAGCUCUAACAGUAGCACAUGUCCUCAAUCAGUUAUUUUUGACAAGAAGUAAACUUUGGGAAGAUAAACAGCAAAAACGAAGGCGCUGAACUCCAAAAAAGAAGGAGCAGAUUGAAACUGCAGCCCACCCUCCUGUCCAAGCAAUGACCACGCUAGAGGUGUGAACAGUUAUUUUCCUGUCGUGUCAUUUAUUUACAUUUGCGUGGAGAGAAAACAGCAAGAUUAGCUAUCUUACGUAAAUGACAGCAGAUAAAUAAAACCUGCAUUUAAAGGA